GCGCACGCGCCUUCUAUACCUUUUACCACGAUAUCGCGCGAUCUCCCCUACUUACAAUCAAGAACCAGUCACCGAUUUGCCUUACGUAGUAUUAGUUCUAUUACCAAAAAUAACCAAAAUAGCCGCUCGCACGUAUUCGAACCGGUAUCCAAGAAAUCAAUCGAUCAUUUACGAUCGCGUAAUAGUGUCUUGAUAAAAGUCUAGGGGAAAACGAAACGGAUCAAGUGUGAGCACUGGUGUCUGGAUUGUCGUACAUUUUCCCGACCGAUUCGAUUAAUAUUCGCGUUUUAGUAUUGUGUUUUAAACGAAGGCAUCUUCGGGUAAUAUUUUAAAUUAGUAACUUGUCAUAGUGAUUUGUCAGUGAAAAGAUUUGUGUAUGUGUUAAUAUUUUAUGUCACCGAGCUGACAGGAAAAGAUCUCCAGGAAAAGUAUAGAGAUGGAUGCCAAAGUGACAAAUUCUUCGCCAGAAGGCACCAAAUCAAAAAAGGCGGCCCAACACCAGGAAGAAUCAUCUUCGGCGGAAGCAUCGAGCGACGACAGCGAUAUAGAGGCGGACCUCGUCCAAAACAUCAAAUACAAUACGAUCUCGACGAUGGCCGCUUUAAAAGAUAUGUUAAGAGCGAGUGGUGAAGAUCUGGACGAAAAUGGUAGUUUUAUGCAAUGCUACUUCCAAAAGCAUUCGAAUACGUUACCAUCGAGGACUUCGAUGCCUUUUCGACGAUUAUCUCAAUGUCGCGAAGAAGACGAAGAAGAGGUGAAGACGGCCGCUGCACAAAGCGACUUGGCUACUAUUUCCGGAAGCGACAAGAGUUUAUCGGAAUCAUCGAGCGGCUCGAAAACGUCUGUUAUCGAUACAGUGUCAGGACCUACGCAUAAAUUUGUUAUUACAAAGACGAAACAAGUCGAUGAUGACGGCAAGAAAAAGAAGGAUGACGACAAGAAAAAGAAAGAUGACGACAAGAAAAAGAAAGACAAUGACGAUAAGAAGAAGAAAUCGACGAAGCAACCAUCUGAAGCCGCGAAAAAGAUGGCUGCAGAUCCGAAAUAUAGGCAGGCAAAUACCGUUCAUUUCCCAACGACAGAUCCAAGAAAACCAAAGAUUCAAGGAUUAUUUAAUCGACCUCCUCAUUAUGAUAGCAAAUUUUUCGAUUCCUCUUUAAUUGAAAUGAAAAGUCAAACGAGUAGUACUUCUACUUUGGAUUGUAAUGAGGAUAUUUGGGUUAGAAGAUUACCAGAAAAUAAAAAAGAAUUAGGUUCACAACCGCUACCAACCAUCACAAGCGAUGACAUCGAACAGACUCUUCCAAGGCCUCGUUCUGGGACGUGGGGUUCCAAAUCCGAUAAUAAAAAAUCAAAAGAUAAAAAAUCCGACGUUAAAAAAGAUGGAAAAAGUGACGCUAAGAAAGACAAGAAAAAGGAUAAGGGAAGCAGAAGCGGUUCGGCUUCGAGAUCGAGUUCCGCUGAAAGACGGAAGUCGGGCGAUGAUAUACACUCACCCAAGAAACCAGGAAUGCUCGACGCCUUGAGAGGUAGAUCUCAAUCAGACGCUAGUAAGAAAAAAGGAUUAGCUUUAAUGGCCACUAUGAGAAGUGCUAUGGUACACACAGGCUUAAUGCACGCACCUAAACCAAAAGCGCCAAGAGAUGGGUCUGCUCAUCCAGUGAAAGAUGGACCACACACUCAAUAUUAUCACACAGUUACUGCUGCGUCCACAAAUAGGGGCACUAUGAUGAAGGUUAUGGACAUAUUUAGAAAUAAGAAUAGUUUACAACCGGAAGAUAGGAAAAAGAGAGCUUCACACCAAUUCAGCAAUUCAAGCGCGCAAAAAAGAUUAAUAGAUCCGGGUAGACGACACUCCCAGGGUACAGUAAUUCCUCAUAGGGCUUCGGAUGUCAGCUUGGAUCCAUUACACGCAGCAAUACUAUUUAGAGACUCGAGAGGGUUGCCGGCUGUUGACCCGUUCUUGGAUAAAGUCAACUAUUCCGAUCUAGAGGAAGAUGAACCACAAAUUUACGUAAAAUUUUUCAAAUUUCACAAAUGUUACGAUUUAAUACCAACGUCGGCAAAACUAGUAGUUUUUGAUACUCAACUAUUGGUAAAAAAGGCGUUUUUCGCGUUGGUUUACAAUGGAGUAAGGGCAGCACCUCUUUGGGAUAGUAAACGGCAAGAAUUUGUCGGUAUGUUAACCAUAACAGAUUUCAUCAAGAUCCUUCGGAUGUACUACAAAAGUCCCACCGUUGAAAUUGACGAAUUGGAGGAGCACAAAUUAGACACCUGGCGUCAAGUUUUAAAAGACUUGAAACCAUUGACCAGCAUCUGUCCGGAUGCUUCACUUUAUGAUGCCAUACGAACGUUAAUUCAUAACAGAAUCCAUAGGUUACCUGUUAUAGAUCCGGAAACGGGGAAUGUUUUGUAUAUUUUAACACACAAGAGGAUAUUAAGGUUCCUAUUCUUAUACAUAAAUGAAUUACCUAAGCCGAGUUAUAUGAAUAAAACGCUUAGAGAAUUAAAAAUAGGAACUUACGAUGAUAUAGAAACGGCAACGGAAGAUAUGCCUAUCAUAACAGCUUUGAAAAAGUUCGUUGAAAGGCGAGUUUCCGCAUUACCUAUAAUCGAUCCCGAGGGAAGAUUAGUUGAUAUUUACGCAAAAUUCGAUGUAAUCAAUUUGGCUGCGGAAAAGACGUACAAUGACUUGGAUGUGACGCUUAAAAAGGCCAACGAACACCGAAACGAAUGGUUUGAGGGCGUUCAUAAGUGUAAAUUGGAUGAAACGUUAUUUACGAUUAUGGAAAAAAUCGUUAGGGCAGAGGUACACAGACUUGUUGUGGUAGAUGAGGAAGAAAAAGUAAUUGGUAUCAUCUCUCUUUCUGAUUUACUCCUCUAUUUAGUUCUUAGACCAUGUGGUGAAGAUGGUUCUAUGGAUGGAAUGACGUCAGUUCGUGCUCAAGAUUCUAAACUACAUGAAAGCGAUUCAAGUUCAGCUCUGAGUAUGACUGAUGAUGUCUCGCAAACAAUACCUGAAGAGGAAGAACAUCAGGUUCGCGACGCAAACGAUGAUUACGAGGACGAUGAUAAAGAUCGCGAUUCGGCCGAUAGUUUACCAGAUUCGCCCAUGUUACAAAAGACGGGUGGAUUGCCGAACGAUGGAAACAUCUUCAGGGAAGUGGCUGUGACUGGAGGAGAGUGAUGAUGAUGAUUGAAUUGAGAAAAAAAUGUGAAGAAAAAUCAUAGGCUUACUUACAAUAAAAGUGAUACCAAGAAAUGCGGGUUAUACUGUGUGUCUUUGCAACUUUUGUUAAUUAUUAAUUUAAAGAAUUUUCAAAGAGGAGUGUAUAUUAUGUAUUUUUGUUCAUCUAAUGUCGACACUUGAAAUGAAAACAGAAACGCGGAUACUUAUUAACUGAGUAAUUUAAUAUAAAAAAAUGAAAGCUUGAAAGGAAGGUAAAGGAGAGAACGCGACUAGAGUACUUAAAGAUUAUUAUUACUAUUAUUUAACGAUACCAAAGACUGUUUUUGUUUGUUACUAAUUGUUAUUUGUUGUAAAU